AUGGCAGAGGCUUCGCUGAUAACAACUGGACUACAUCAGCAAGGAUUAAAUUUUGCUUCCGCAGAAAAUCUCUUAAUGUUGUACUUGGCAAAUUCCGAAAGUUAUUUCCAAAAUUAUAAUCCAUUAAAUCCUGAUUGUGUUUCAUAUAAAUUCAUUUCUCCUAAAGCUGAUGAUAAAAUUAAAGUGACUGACGAGAUUGAAGUAGUUUGGAAAAGAGACAGCUCGAAAAUAAUUGAAGUACAAGGCCUUGACUUAUAUGAUGAAAAUGGAAACUUUAUUGAUUCAUUAACGAGUCAUAAAAGUAUUUUCGGUGCUGACGAUAAAGCUUCGAUAAAAGUAAAACUUACAAUUCCUUUAGACACUUCACAAACUGGUAAAUUUCUGUUUAAAACUGUGGCCUCGACUGGAGAAGGCCCGACUUGUCCUGAAUUUAUGUAUUAUGCUGAUGAUUAG